AACCACAUCACCAAAUCAUCUCCACCCCAAAUCCUCAAACAUCUAAUUCAACCUAUUCGAUUCCAACAAUAGCACUUCAACACCACUCACAGCAACCAUCUCAAGAAAAGCAACCACCACCACCACCAUCAUCAUCAAAGCAAACUCAUAAGCCAAUUCUCUUUACUUUCAGUUUGGUCAACCGAUCUCGAAUCAACUUAAUCGAUUCAAGUUUCGAUUACUCAUCAAUCUCAACUCAUCUCAUCACUCAACCAAGUAAUCCUAAACCCACUUCGGUCGACCCAGCUCAUCAAAUCCAAGCAGGCACUCUUUAACUCGUCGCAUUCAAGUCAUCAUUCUAUUCGAAACCUUUUCGCCUCAUUACAAGCAGAACCAAUAACUUUAGCGAUAUGCAGACUAUCAAAUGUGUUGUAGUCGGUGACGGUGCUGUAGGAAAGACCUGUCUUUUAAUCUCAUACACUACAAAUAAAUUCCCUUCAGAAUACGUCCCAACCGUUUUCGACAAUUAUGCCGUCACAGUCAUGAUUGGCGAUGAUCCUUAUACGCUGGGUCUGUUUGAUACUGCCGGACAAGAAGAUUACGAUAGGUUACGGCCGUUAUCAUAUCCUCAAACAGAUGUCUUCUUGGUGUGUUUCUCAGUCACUAGCCCUGCUAGUUUUGAGAACGUCAAGGAAAAGUGGUUUCCUGAGGUCCACCAUCAUUGUCCCGGAGUUCCAUGUUUGAUUGUGGGAACCCAAGUCGAUCUUCGAGAGGACGGAGCAGUGAUUGAGAAAUUGGCACGACAGAAGCAGAGACCCGUUCAACCUGAAGCGGGUGAACGGCUUGCAAGAGAACUCGGGGCUGUGAAAUAUGUUGAAUGUUCCGCUCUAACUCAAAAAGGACUCAAGAAUGUGUUUGAUGAAGCUAUUGUGGCAGCUCUGGAACCACCAGUCACAAAGUCGAAACGAAGGUGUACAAUUUUGUGAAGGCUUGGAGCAUCUCUUAUAUCUACCAAUCGGUCCUUACGGCAGUAUCUUUUGUUAUUCUUACUCCCUUUAUCUCUUCUUCUCUCUCCCAUCCAAUUCUUUUGCCUCUCGCUCGAUUUCACUAUAUCUUUGAACCCUCCACCCCACUUAGGGAAAUUAACGUCUCCCUAUUUUAACUUCAUCUUAUUUCUUUUGACUACUCCUUUUUCUUUUUCUUUUUUUCUGAUCAUGACAAUCUCUUUAUUUUUUUCUUAUUGAUGGUUUUACUUUUUUUUCCCUUCUAUUUAACUGAGCUUUUUUCUUUUUCUUUUUUUUUUUGUUUUUGUGUGAUUUUUUUUUGUGAUUUGUGAUCUUCUUUUUUUUUGUGUGUUUGUCUUAUGCCCUUUCUUUUUAAUUUUUGAUUCUUUGGCCUUGAAUUAUAAUAAAAGAUGAACGCAAGACUUUUUUUUC